AUGUACACUGGUUGCUUGGGUGGCAUCCAGACUGCCAUCUCAUACCUCAAUUUCAAUGUCACUGAUGCCACCGAUUACUACGGUAAUGGAUGCACCAACGAACUCCUGGUGUACUCGAUGUGGGCAGCUGCAAAGGUCUACUGCACCGCGGAAGAGAUAGCCGCCGGCUCAGAACUGUUCGAUGGUUACUGCACGGAAUACGGCGGUGUCAAACUGGUGCCUUAUUCUGAGGUCCUUCCCAUCCUCACCAACAGCUAUAUCAGAUCACUUCCGGUUGCCGAAUACAGCGACGUGGAAAACUUUACACUCUUCAGCACGCCGGUCUUGAUUUCCAGGUUCCUGUACAACACAGCCAAAGACACUUAUGUGCUAUUCGACGUUGAAUAUGUCUUACACGAAAGAUACGGCUGGGCAGUCUAUGGGUUUUGGGGCGGGCUCAUGCUGAUAGGCAUUAUCAACCGCAUCGCCACGCAUUUCUUCCACUCUCGCCGCCUGAGACUUAGGACAGACGUCGAAGGUAGCCACUCCUCUAUGCCCCAAAGAGGCCGCUCCGGGCCCACCACCUUCGCCAGUGCAAUUCAUCAUUGGCUCCGGGCACAUGUAAUCAUUCCGGCGGCAUUCGGCUCACACUCUACUCGCCCUUUGCUUUGGUCUACCAUUCCGACACGGAUGGAGACCAUCAUUCUGGUGUCUUUCUGGGUCAUGACCUUCAUUUUGUGCUGUGUCAGCUACUACAUCUCCUGGCCGAACCUUUACUAUACCGAGCCCCAGCAGGCCUGGCGCUACAUAUCGGACCGCACUGGCAUUAUAUGCUACGCCACCUUGCCCUGGCUGUGGAUGUUCUCUGGCAGGAACAACAUUUUUCUCUGGCUUACUGGUUGGAGCUUCGCAACAUUCAACAUCUUCCACCGUCAUAUCGCUCGGUGUGCUACAGUCCUUGCAAUUAUUCAUUCAAUUGGAUGGUCGGUGUUAGAGGCCAACCUUGGCUACUUUGCUGACUCAUGGACCGAACAGUAUUGGUACAUGGGAGCAAUGGCGACAAUUGCGAUGAGUUUGAUAGUACUCUUCUCUUUCAUGUGGUUUCGAGUUAGAUCUUAUGAGCUCUUCCUCCUCAUACACAUUGCUCUUUCGGUGGUAACACUGGUCGGGUUGUUCUACCACACUCGUAUAUUUGAAGGCGAGUAUGAUGGCUACCUGUGGCCGCCAGUCGCAAUCUGGUGCUUCGAUCGAGCCGUACGUCUGGUGCGGUGGGCGUAUUGCAACAUCCAUGUCAAGCGGUCGAGCUCUAUUGGUGGCACGAAGGCAUUCGCGAGCUACAACAAAGACGCCGACUUCAUCAGACUCGAAGUUGUCCCAGGUUCCCGCAUGGUUAAGCCCGGGCCUGGCCAACACUACUACCUUUACCAACCGCUAAGAUUGAAAGGCUGGGAAAACCACCCCUUCACAUUGGCAGCUUACGAAACGAUUGGGGACUCCGACGCACUUGGCACAGCCAGAUCUCAAAAUGAGUAUAAGGUAAAUGAGCAAGCACUCAGGGACAAGAAAAUACAAGUCACGGCCACAAGCCCGUCCUCGAGCACUUCUUCAGAUGUGACUCCCACGCCGUCACAACACGAAGUCUCGACGUUUCAAGGCGCGAUUGGCCAGCGGAAACUCACUUUCUUCAUCCGCCCGUUCAGCAGCUGGACUAGGCGUCUCCGUGAGGAAUGUCUGAAGUCCCCCAACGGAACUAUCACUCCGAAUGUGUUCAUCGAAGGGCCCUACGGCGAGCGCAGCCCACUGGUUGCAUUCGAACACGUCGUCUUCAUCGUCGGUGGAACUGGUAUUGCCGGUGCACUGCCUUACAUUCUUGAACACGUUAGGAUGGCAAUCGGGCAUGCGAAGAAGUCAAGUGGUGAAAGAGCUCUCGUCACCCCUACUCGAGACAUCACGCUGGUCUGGUCCGCCAAGCAGUCCGCCAUGAUCCGCAACAUCGCGUCACAAGAGUUGAAACCAAUACUGGGUCACCGGGAUAUUCACGUCCACCUGCACGCGACUUCUCCAACCGAAAUACACAGCAGCUCCGGAGUCAUCCGCAAAGAUCUCGCCAUCGCUGAUUUGGACCUCAAGACCACGACCGCCACGACUAGCACCAACGACGAAAUUGCCAUCUCGUAUGGCCGGCCCGAUAUCCGUCAGACGAUCUUGGAACUCGUCAACGAGGUGCAUGAUGCAGGUGCCGCUGGGGGCAGGAUCGCAAUUCUAACGUGUGGACCAGGGGGCAUGGCCGACGAGGCAAGAGCCGCGGUGCACACAACUCUGAAGCAGGGCCAGAGGGGCGUCGAAUAUAUUGAAGAAACAUUCGGGUAA